AUGAAACAGUUAUUUGCUAAAUUAAAUGAAACACUUAAAAAUAAUAGUGAAACUAAUUCUAAUCUUUCAGAAUCUUAUAAUAAUAAUAAUAGUAAUAGUCAUAAUUAUAUUGAUUGGAAUAUUCUUGCAAUAAUUCUUUCCAUUGUCUUAAUAAUUAUGUUUAGCACUGUCAUAAACACUUGCAGACUGAGACAAAGAGCAAUACAUGAUAACCUAAUGCUAGAAGUUGAAUCAGUAGAUUCAGGAUAUGCAGACAUUGAAUAUGAAGAUAUAGAUGAAGAAAUAAAUGAAGGAGCAAGAAUACUAGAUGUAGAUGACAGUGUAGAAAGAAGAGUAAAUGAAAGAGUAACAGUAAAUGUAUAUGCGCAAGUAGAUAGUGAAGAAGAAGUAGUAGUAAGAAUUUAUUAG